AUGGCCUCCAACGGUAACUUUGCCCAACAGGACCAGUACAAGGAACCUGCAGGCCAACAACAAACAGCUCCCACUACCUCCGCCGCCGAUGGCUCUACUACCGCCGCCGCUUCCGCCAACAGCAACUUGUCCAAGGAUGAGGUUGGCUGGUACUUUGUCGAGCAAUACUACAACACCUUGAGCAAGUCACCUGAGAAACUCCACCUCUUCUACGGCAAGCGCUCGCAAUUCGUCCAAGGUCAAGAGGCCGAGGUCGCCAACGUCUCUGUUGGUCGACAGCUUAUCCAAGAACGAAUCAAGGAGCUCGACUUCCAAGACUGCAAGGUUAGAGUAUCCAACGUCGACUCGCAAGCAUCAUUUGAGAAUAUUGUUAUCCAAGUGAUUGGCGAGACCUCCAACAAGGGUGCCGAGCCUAGAAAGUUCGUUCAGACCUUUGUCCUCGCUCAGCAGCCCUCCGGUUACUUCGUCCUGAACGAUAUCCUGCGAUUUAUCGACGAGGAUACCGAGACCGAGGCUACCACUGCCCCCGAGGAGGCCCCCGAAAAGGCUGCCGAGGAGACUGCCGCCCCUGCCGCUGAGGAAGCUGCACCUGCUGCUGAGCCUGAAGCGCCCAAAUCUGUCGAGACUCAAGAAGAGGCUCCUGCUCAACCCCUCGAUGCCGAGGUUGUCGACCAUAAGCUAGAGGAGGUUUCUACUUCUAAGGACAGUGUGGCUCUUAAUGGCAGCACCGACGACACUUCAGUCACCGAGGAUAAGGCCCCCGAGGCUAAGUCUGAGGCUCCUGCUGAGACUGCUGACGAGGCUGCUAAGGAACUGGCCGAGGAAGACCUCAAGGAGGCAGAGAAGCCCAAGGACCCUAGCCCUACACCUGUGUCCAAGCCCGUCGCUGCCCCUCCUGCCGCUCCCGAGAAGCCUGCCGGUCCUCCUAAGCCUAUGACCUGGGCCAGCCGAGCUGCUGCCGCUCUUCCUCGACCCGUUGUUCCUCUUUCCAAGACUCCUACUCCUCCCGUGAACCAGAGCCGCGCUCCUGCUCCCGCUGCUUCUGCCCCAACUUCUCAGCCCGCUGCCGCCCCCGCUUCUACUGCUAACGCCCCUGCUGCUGAGGCUGCCCCUAAGGAGGCUGCCGGAUGGCAGACUGCUGGCAGUGACUCUAAGCGACAAACCCGACCUCAGUCUGUUUCCGGACCUCCUCCCACUGAGAAGGAGGGUACUCUCGGAUAUGUUAAGUACGUGACAGACAAGGUUCAAGAUGCCGAUCUCAAGAACAUUCUCGCCGCUUUUGGCGAACUGACCUACUUUGACAUCAACCGCCAGAAGAACUGUGCCUUUGUCGAGUACAAGACCACCGAAGGUUACCAGGCGGCAGCCGCUGCCAACCCUCACUCUGUUAACGGUGAGAGCAUCGUCGUUGAGGCCCGACGCCCCAAGGCCAACGCAUAUGGAGGCACCAGCUACGGUGGACGCCCUGCUCCCGGACGUGGCCGUGGAGGUGCUGAGGGUGGCCGAUCUGGUGGCCAGGGCUCUCGAGGCAACUUUUCUGGUCAGAACCGUGGCCGCGGUGGUGCUGCUCGCGGCCGUGGCGGUGCUGCCCAGCCCCAGAACGCUUAA